AUGCGGAUCUGUAAUCUGUACGGGGAGAAAGGGCUGAAGACGUUUGAUUUCCCUCCUCACGACGAUACUCUGUCUGAGGAUUCGAAAUUUAGGUUCAAUCUCCAUGAUGUUAAGGGUGUAGUCGCAAGCGAUUCUUUGGUGGCUCUUGUGGCGCAGGUGGCGGGGAGCUUGGUGGAGACGGCGGGGAAGGUGGGAGUGUCUAGUGGAAGUGGGAAUUUGUAG